CUGCGGCCGACGCGAGACGUCUGUAGGAGAUCACACAAAAAUCGUCCAGACAUUGCACCACCGUCUCCUGUUCACUUUCGUCGGAUCAGACGUUGGCGAGACGAUCGAUCGGCAGUGCGUGGACCCAGGAAGCUGCAGGAUGGCAUAUACUGACAGGUUCAAUCCAAACGUGAUAGCAACUUAUGUGCCUGUUUUCUGGAUACAUUGACAGUUUUCAAGAUUCAUUGACAAUGGGUGGUGUGGAGUGCAGUCAAAGCUCCAGCAGCUGCUUGCCCGAUGGGUAACCGCCGACUGCGGAGUGGGAGCACGCAAUUUUGGCGCGGCGUCAUUGGCUCAAAACGCGUUCGCCGCAACUUUCUAGACGGCUGUUAACAGUCGAGAGCCAUUAAUAAUCCGACGUAGCGUCAUGAUGCGGUUCACAAAUCCCUUCUCCACCUUAUUACAUGGCGGCAGUCGCGUAGGCGUUCGUCCACUCACCAAGCCAUGAGCUUCCAUCGCCAGCUGUUUGCCGUCGCGCGGCGGCAAGGAUGCAACUACACCAGGCCAACCCUACGGCCGUCAAUCGUUCAGGCGAGCAGAGGCAUACACCGUCAAGCGCCACUCAAAGCCCACCAGAAUGCCGCAGCUCGGGCUGAAGAAGACUCGGUCCAGAGCGAACUGCUGAACCCAGCGCUAUCCUUUCCCUGCCUCGACGCGCUCGAAUCGAAGACUGCGAAGCUCUCCAAACGCUCAACGGAAGGCCCCGAGCCAUCGUACACAUCUGGUCACACCGAGAUCUUCCACUCAGAUCAGCCUAUACUGUUCGACUGGGGCGGCAUAUUGCCCCAGUUCGACGUCGCAUACGAGACCUGGGGCACUCUGAACCAGGACAAGAGCAACACCAUCCUCCUCCACACCGGCCUCUCAGCCUCAAGCCAUGCGCACAGCACCGAGGCCAACCCCAAGCCAGGGUGGUGGGAGAAGUUCAUUGGGCCCGACAAGCCGCUGGACACCAACAAGUACUUUGUCAUCUGCACCAACGUCCUCGGAGGGUGUUACGGCUCCACAGGACCCGCCUCGGUCGACCCCGCGAGCGGUGAGCGCUACGCGACGCGCUUCCCGAUCCUGACCAUGGAGGAUAUGGUGCGCGCGCAGUUCCGACUGCUGGACAGUCUGGGCAUCCACAAGCUGUACGCGAGCGUGGGAUCCAGCAUGGGCGGGAUGCAGAGUCUCGCUGCCGGCAACCUGUUCCCCGAGCGCGUGGGGCGCAUUGUCAGCAUCAGCGGAUGUGCGCGCAGCCACCCUUACAGCAUCGCCAUGAGGCACACGCAACGGCAAGCACUCAUGAUGGAUCCCAACUGGGCGCGAGGGUUUUACUACGACGGCAUUCCUCCGCACGGCGGCAUGAAGCUGGCACGCGAGAUUGCGACCGUCACGUACCGCAGCGGACCCGAGUGGGAGAUGCGUUUCGGGCGGCGUCGUGCAGACCCGUCGCGACCGCCAGCCUUGUGCCCCGAUUUCCUAGUUGAGACGUAUCUGGAUCACGCGGGCGAGAAGUGGUGUUUGGAGUACGACCCCAACAGCCUGCUGUACGUCUCCAAGGCUAUGGACAUGUUCGAUCUGGGCCAGGAGCACCGCACGCGCGUCAACGAGCGCAGGGCCGCAAAUGCAAGCAGAGUGCAGGCGUACCUCGACGGCAAAGGCAUCGAGUCGUCCGCGACUGCAGAUGCGUGCAGCUUGACGCUCCCAGAGCAGCCCUACGAGGAAAAGGAGCAGCCGGCGGACUUUGAUGAAGGCAAGGUGCCUGCCACUGACGGGAGCGAGCCGCCACCCGAUCUAGUCGCGGGUCUGCGACCGUUAGCCGGUACCCCAGCACUAGUGCUUGGCGUCGCCAGUGACAUCUUAUUCCCUGCGUGGCAACAGCGUGAGAUUGCAACCACACUCAAGCGCACCGGUAACAAAAACGUCACGCACAUUGAGCUCGGCGAGGAGAAGAGUAUGUUUGGCCACGACACGUUCCUCCUGGACUUGGAGAACGUUGGCGGAGCUGUCAAGUCGUUUCUUGGUUGAGGAACAACGGGCAGGUGUCAAGCGCUGUCAUCUCGCUGUCUCGGCCCUUCACGUGCUUAAUUACUGGGCCCCUGCGUUGAUUGGAUUUCCAGCAUGUAAGCGCGGUUUAGCAUUGCAUGGCGUUCUUUAUGUAGCAAGACGGAGGAUCUAGCAACUUUAUUUCCCCUCUGAUCUUCGCAAAAUCAACCCCCUGGGGUGUUGCGCAAAAUGCAGCGCGCGGAAAAAGCAGCGCGUGUGAGGCGGUGGCACAGCCUUGACACAAGCCCUGGCAGCGCAAUGCUGACUGAGAUUGAGCGUGAGAUUGAACGGCG